AUGCGUGGCGAACAAGGGCGACAUUGCGCCGAAGCUGUUGCAGCGGCGGUGGCUGGACGGUUGGGUUUGGUCCCCUUUUGGAGAAAGAAGGGAGAGGAAGUAGUAGCAGCAUUUGGAGAAAGAAAUAGGAUGUCAAACACACUGGUAUUUGCCAACUGUGUUUUCGAGACCUCCUCCCACCACCUCGCAGCCACCGCCACCUUCCUCCCAGCGCAGCCCUUCCACUGCUCCCACCCAGGACCUCCUCGCGGACAGAGCAGCCCAGCACUGCAGCACACAGCCAGCGCCCAGCGCUCAGCAGGUCGGCACCACCCUUGCAAGUCGCACCCACCACCAUCCUCAGUCCCUCGCAACUCGCAAAUCGCACCCAGCAGGCCAGGACCAGCCACUCACCCAGGACCACCCAGCGGACACAGAGCACCGUAUCAAGUCAGAUAUGGAGCCCGAGCCACCAAGUCAGAUCUUUGGGAUGAUAAGCAGUUUUUUCAAGAUCAUCCUGGUGCAGUGCCUAUCACCACAGUGCAGGGUGAGGAACUGAGAAAACUUAUCGGUGCUCCAGUUUACAUCGAAUGUAGUUCAAAAACACAGCAGAAUGUGAAGGCUGUUUUUGAUGCGGCCAUCAAAGUAGUUCUCCAGCCUCCAAAGCAGAAGAAAAAGAAGAGAAAGGGUCAAAAAACCUGUUCCAUAUUGUGAUCUUCUCAGUUCUAAAUUGGUAGUUGGCAGAGGAUGACAUGACUGUAGCCAUUUCUUGGUAGUCUUUGCCAUUCUAUAUCUUUGCUGCAUAACACAUGAUGGUGUUGGUGUUCCGGAAACAUUACUGAACCAAAUGUUCGGACGAGAGGGACAAGAAUCCGAGGAGGGUAUUAGUCUGCUCAUCAGCAGAAAGUUGCUGAAGCUGAUGUAAUUAGGGUAAUUUGGUUUGAUGUAUGUGAUUUGAUAUUAGUUGUUGUUAAUUUUGACGAAUUGUUUAAUUCUUAAUGGAAGAAAAGAAACAUAAUUUGUUUAGAAGAGAAGGCAAUAAUGACUUGGAAAUAUGUAUUGAGAUUCCUCUAGUAGAUGCACUCACAGGGUGCUCUUUACCAAUUCCUAUAUUAGGAGGGGAGAACUUGACUUUGUCAUUUGAGAAUACUGUUGUAUACCUUGGAUAUGUAAAGGUUAUUGAAGGUCAAGGCAUGCCAACCCUUAAAAACGAUGGGAAAAGAGGUGACCUCCAUGUCAAGUUUCUAGUUGACUUCCCCAAAGAAUUGAGUGAUGAACAAUGGCAAGAAGCUUUUAGAAUCUUAGAAAAUUGUUGUUAAUGAUGACCAUAGUUGUACAUUUGUAUAUUUUGUAUGCAGAUAUGAAUGCAUUUGCUAUCAGUUAAAGACACAAAUUUUCUGUUAAUGAUAGAUAUACA